CCUGCAGUGUUGUUGUGGUUACAAUUUAGCGUAAAAAUGGCGACCGAUGGAGAAACUGGUAAACCGAGGGUAGAUGAAACUAACUUGUAUUUACAAAAUCAUCGAAUACUGGAGCUAUUUAAUAAUAUGACAUCGCAGUUAAUUUUUAAUAGACCAGCUGACCCCAAAAAAUUCAUGAUUGAGAAUCUCGAGCGACUUCAAAAAGCCAAAUCAACAAAAAGAGACUGCCCUUGUUUGUUUGAUGAUAGCAAUAUACAGUCAGUUUAUGGAAUGUUAGAUCCAACCAACAGAGGCUACAUAACCCUUAAACAAUAUUGCGAAGCAUUAGAGACUCUUGGAAUCAAAGGAUAUGAUGCUCAACCUGACGGCGCCAUGGACAACAGAGUUACAUUUGACACAUUUUUACAUGCAGCGAGGGAUGGACUUCAAAAAGCAUCAGCAACUUUCAUGGCGUCAUAGUUUAUAAACAUUUGACAGCAUAGUUCAUAUUUACUAUAUAAGUUCAUUCAAGGAUAAGUUUAACCGUGGAAGCAAAAGGUGGUUAAGUUGAAUUUAACAUGAUUAACAACAGAACUGCUAUAUCUUUGUUGUAAAUAAUUGAUGUUUAAAAAUUUUGCUUUCAAAACGCUGAAAUAUGUUAUAAGAAUACCUUAAAAGUCUGUUAUAAGAAUACAUUAAAAGUCUGUUGUAUAAAAAUUACAAAACAUUCAUGCUGUACCAGUAAAAUAGAGCAGGAACAUACCCUUUCUACAUUGUUAUUUAUAAUAGUCUGUAUAUUUUCUUUUUUUAAAUCUCACACUGAUUGGUAAACUUACAUGAAAUUACUGUACUGUUCUACAAUUUUGUAUGAUAAUAUUCAACAGGUUUUUACUUUUUUUAAGUUGUUUAAGUUGAUCUUGCUAAAUUUGAAUAAUGGACUCGCCCUACUUGGGCAAGUCCAUAAGUAGUUCAAGGGAUUUCAUUAUCAAAACGCUUAAGUGUCGCAGAUAGGCCAAUGGACAGGGUCUGUACUGGUGGCAUACUGUCAAGUCAAUACAGCUUCUGGUUAAGAUUGGUUAUUUGUGCCUGUUAAAUAUGAUGAUAUUUAUGAUUGAAAUUGACUGUGAUUAUGUGUUAUGUGUCAUUUUAAUUGUCAUUUGUUAAAUAAAAUAAAUUCAUAUAGUA